GGGAGCAUUUAGCAGCAACUAGACUAAAAUGCUUGGCGAAGGUUGAUUUAAGGAAUUCAAGCCCUGACCCUUUUUCGUCAGGAGCGAGCGCCGUUACGUCGGAAGAGCCGCACGAGCCGGCAUUGCAGCGGGUUUAUUAGACAGAAACCCCAAUAUUAGUCUGCUCGAUAUAGAUAAUAAUAACGCGAGAGUUUGCAAGUUGCCUCAAGACUGUAGUUGCAACUGUCAAAGGUGGAGUGGAUACGCGCAUGACCCAACACACAUUACUGUAAUACUGUACACGGCCGCCGAGAUAAUAUCCGUAUAAAAAACCGAAAUAAUCUCGAGAGUGGGGGGACAGGACGACGGUGACGACUGUCCGCUUCGUUUCUGGCCCCCCAACCCCAGUCUGACCGGUCCUUGACGCACAGCAGGUGUGAUUGCCAUGUAACAUAACAUUGGUGGAAAAACGCCCACUUAGGUGCCUGUCUCCUGACCCCCUCCUCCCUCACGUGGGUGACCCGGGGCCACCCGGCCCCUAGCGCUGGGUGACUGCCCGACAGUUCAGGCAUGGAGAGCCCAAGUGGCCCUAGGCAUGGGAAGCUGUCUUCAUCAGGGCUGCCAAGGGGCCGGACCCCCAAGCAUGGACAUCACCAGGAGCCUGUCAGAACCACGCAGGGCCCUGAAAACAACAACAAACAUAGUCCGGUGUGUGAUGACCCGGCAGAGGGGAAGAGGAAAGGUCGUCCUAAAGCAGAAGUUCAGGAACUGAGAAGCAUCCCUGCCAAUAUGAUAGUACAAUGGAAGGAAGAGUUUAAGCGCCGCUCCAGGGUUAAGUGUCCAUGUUCAGGCUGCUGGUUAGAGUUUCCCAGCAUCUAUGGCGUCAAGUACCACUAUCAACGCUGCCAGGGGGCCACCGUAGCCGAGAAGCUGAGUCAUGGCUGUCCCUACUGUGAGGCAGUGUUCGCCACAAAAGUGCGCCUGCAGAAGCACAAGCUGUGGAACCACCCCGACAGGGUUACUACCGAACCCAAGGAGGAGCAGCCUAAACUUCAAAAGACCCCUGUCAAGUCCAUCACCAAGAAAAGGCCCAUGGAGAACAGUCCCCCCUCUCCAGUGUUCUUCAAAGUGAAAAAGACCCACGAGUUGUCCACGCCCUCUCAGAAUGGGGAGAUGGCCCACCAGAAGGGUGAGAGGAAACAGCACAGCCACAGCCAGCCUUCACAGCAGAUUCACCACUCCCAGCCAGUCCUUCCUCAGUCCCAGCAGUCGCAGUCCCAAAGCACAUCGUCUGAUGCGGGGGGCAGUGAAAGCGAGGGGGGAAGUCUUCCCCCUCCUUUCCCUGACGAAGACCCAGAGCGAAUGAGGCACAGACGGAAGCAGAAAACACCUAAGAAAUUCACUGGAGAGCAGCCUUCUAUAUCUGGAACGUUUGGAUUGAAAGGUAUGACUAAGGUGGAGGAGAAGCUUAAAGCAGGCCGUGCGAAGCGACCAGAGGGGAGUGGGUUCAGUGAGGACCCUCAGAGGAGACCUGCUCAGAGUCAGUCCUCCAAGAAAGACCCAGCCACAACAAGCUCUGGUGCUGUGCCUGACACCCAAUGGCAGCGAGCAAUCUCAGAGCGAGGUGAGGUCGUGUGUCCCACCUGCUCCAUCGUCACCAGGAAAACAAUCCAUGGUCUCAAGAAACACAUGGAGAUUUGCCAGAAGCUCCAGGAUGCCCUGAAGUGCCGGCAGUGCCACAAACAGUUCAGGUCCAAGGCUGGCCUCAACUACCACACCAUGGCUGAACACAGCACCAAGCCCUCGGGAAGCGAAGGCCAGACGGGCGACGAGCAUGAGGAGAGAGAAAGGCUGCGCCGGGUUCUCAAACAGAUGGGACGAAUCAAGUGUCCUAGUGAGGGCUGCUCAGCCCACUUUUCCAGUCUGAUGGGCUACCAGUAUCAUCAGAAGCGUUGUGGAGGAGAGUUUUCUGACGAUGAGAAGCCUGUGUUUCUGUGCCAGCAAUGUGGAAAAACCUACCGUUCCAAGGCUGGCAGAGACUACCAUGUGCGUACCGAACACUCCCCGACCAUCACCACCACCAUGGCAGCCACCACUAACAACAACAAGGACAAUAUAACUGACACCAACAACAACACCGGCAAAGAGAGGGUGGUCUCUGAGGAGUCUCCAUCAGGAGGCAAGAAGGAGCAAAGCCAGCCUGAGAAGAUGGACUGGCAGGAGAAAGCACCAUCCGGCCAGCCUAAGGAGAAAGAAAGGGAAGUCAGGGAGAAAGACAGGGAAAAAGAAAAGGAGAGGGAGCGAGACAAAGAAAAAUCAGUGCAGAAUGAGAGCCAGGGGGAGGACUUUGAACGGACCCCCAGUGGCAGAGUGCGGCGCCGGUCAGCUCAGGUGGCAGUGUUCCACCUGCAGGAGAUAGCAGAGGAUGAACUGGCCAAAGACUGGGGCACCAAGCGCCGCAUCAAGGAUGACCUGGUGCCUGACAGCAAGAGGUUAAACUACACCCGCCCUGGCCUCCCCAAUUUCAGCCCAGAGCUACUAGAGACGUGGAAGAACCAAGUCAAGGAGAAGGGCUUCAUCUGUUGCACCAAUGAAAACUGUGAAGCAGUCUAUUCCAGUGUGUCAGGACUAAAAGCCCACCUCGCCAACUGCAGCCAGGGAGGUGGAGAACUGGGGAAGUACACCUGUCUGAUCUGUCAGAAGGAGUUUAGUUCGGAGAGCGGUGUCAAGUACCACAUCAGCAAGACACACUCACAGAACUGGUUUCGUGCAGCAGCCAGUCAAGUGGUCUCCAGUAGCAAGAGUAAAGCACCAGAGAACAAUGGGAUCAAAGCUGAGGUGAGAAACGGUGCCACCACUGGUAAGAAGAGGGGCCGCAAGCCCAAAGAGCGCCCCCCUGUGGUUGCGCCUCCUCAAACAAAAACUGAAUCACCUGCCACAACUCAAAAUUCAAGCCCUGCCGUGACUCCGUCCUUGGGCCCAACACAAUCUCCGACCCUGAUCCCCGACCCAACGGACAGUGCUAAUUCAGGCCAAAACAGACAGCCCAUCCCCUCCACUGCCAGACGAAGCAAACCCAAGAGGUUGUCAUUGUCAGAGUAGCUCUGCUUUUGUUGACCCAGGAGCCAGAGAGGAUGCUUACUGUAAAUGUAAUGCCAGGAAGCUAAAAGACCUUUCUAACUCCACAAGGACUUGGCGCUGAGAAGAAAGUUAAAUCAGCCAUUAAGAAGAAAGACACAAUCUUGAUUUUGAAACCCCAGAGUUAAUGUGUCUGUUACUGUUAUAAAGAAUACUCAUGUAACAGUAGUGUUUUAUUUCUCCAUUCCACUUUUGUCUCCUUUUUAAGGCACACAUUUCAGUUUCUGUACUCACAGCAGGGGUGUCAGUAGUAAUCAAAGAUAAAAUCCUGACUUCUACAUGGAUAACAUUUUCUAAACAGAGGUAGUAUUCCAAACAAAUGGAGAGUAAAUCUCUCUACGAGAUUCUUGUUGUGUUUGAGAGAUUUUAAAAAGGAUAUUCUAUUAGCAUGGUGAAGUCAUUUAAUGAUAGCUAGUGUUUUCACAUUUUUCAAAGAUAUACUGUACUGUGUACAUAAACAAUAUCUAUAUCUAUAUAUCUAUAUACUCAAAGCAAUGAUGCCAUCUGUCAUUUUCAAGCCUGACACGUCUAAUUGGAUCAUGAGCAGUCAGAAUUUUUGCAGUGUGUGCUGUAGUGCAAUGUCGUUUUGAACUUGAUUUUUUAAAUUUCUUUCUGGUUUUACUUUUAUUGUUUUUUACUUUUCAUGUUUCAAGUAAGCAAAUGUCAUAUAAGCUAAAAUGUUGGUCAGUUGGUAAUCAUGUUCCACUCUGUUUUUCCUACAGCUAUGUGGGUGUCACAUCAGUGACAUUUAUUUUUAUUUUAUCUGCAUCACAUGACGAUGAAACGUAUCUGCUUUGACAACCAUAAUUAUGUGUCAAAAGGUUAUUUCCACAGUUCUUUUACACUGAAGAUGAUAAGCAGACUACCACCAAAAGUGAUUGUUUAAGAUUUCCAUCUGUAAGAUAUGAGUUAGUUACAAUAAUACUUAAUAUGGCAUUGUUUGAUUGAUUUUAAACAAAAAACUUGAAGUAUUCUGUCUAAAAUAGGACUGACAAACCUAAAUGUUGGUCAGAAGGAUGAAUUUUGUGUAGCUUGUUGCACCAUUGCAGCACAAUCAAAUGAUGUGACACCAUGUUAAAGAAGGCCAUAUUUUGGCUACUGCUUUAGCUUGAAUCAAGGAACUAAGGAGAGAAUAAAAAUACUAUCUUUUAUAGAGAGGUUGAGGAAAAAAAUCUUUUAUUAAACAGAAAAGUUGCAAAUGAAGAUUCACUAUAAUAAUGUAUAUGAAUUAAUUCCUGGACGCUCAAAAUUAUUGCCUUGCACUUUAACUCUUAACCCAUCUCGCUCCCCUCUUGUAUUUUUGCACUCCAGGAGUAUUCAACUUAGCCUAGUGGCUUUCAGGCACAGGAGCGGGAGUAUGUUACUCUGAUGAAAAAUUAAACUAGAGAAAAACUAAAUUUGUCUUUACAUGGGUAAUGAGCAGCAUGGUUAACUCAUUCUAUAUAGUAUCUGUAAUCCAACAUGACCGUAUAAUUAUGACUCACCACUCAAAGCCAUAACUGGUCUUGUUGAAUUAAGGCUGCUCUACCACUUAAUGCUAGUUUAGCUUCAGAUUUAAAAAAAAAAAAAAAAGUAAUCCAAUAUUAUUAAAUUACUUUUCAAAUCUAAAAUGUGUGCAAUCAGAGAAUAUUUUCACUUAACCAUGUUUAAAGUAGAUACUUGAAUCCACAGUUAUAUUAACAAUUUGAGCAAAUGAAAACUCCAUAAAUAUUUGAUUUAUAUUUGCAGACUAUGUCGAUAAAAAUAAUGACUUGCUUACUUAAAAAAAGAAAGAUCAUAAAUAUAUUUUAUAUUCUCUUGUGUGUAUUAUGUAGGUAGCAAUCUGAUAGCUUUGGGUAAAGUUGUGAUGAGGGGAUAUUCUGGUGAGAUAAUAAGGGUGCAUUACUUGCCACUCUACCUUAAGGACCUGAUACAACUCUGUUAAGUCCAUCAAUCCAUCCUGCCGUUUUCUCUUUACUGGCAAGUCCUCUAAAUUUUGCACCAACAAAUGUCAAUGUCAUCAUUUAACUCAAGCACUGAUGUCAGCUGAACAUUUUCAAGAAACAUCAAAUUUGAAAUUUAUCUGUGUCCCACGUGGUGUCAUCCCUAUGCCGAGACCUUUUACAUUGUUAAGCAAAGACUUGAGCUGAAUUCCUCCAUUAUUAAUCAACUGGUGGAGUUUAUUCAGGUGGGGAUGAAUAUGCAUGUGUCUGUCUCUGUUAGCGGGAUGGACCUUUCUCUUCUAUCCAGGUUCAACUGACUGAGAGGAUAAGUAAAACAAGCACUGAUUAGUCCUCGGACCUUUUCAAAAUGAGUUGCCCAGACCUUGUCUCUGUGUGUGUGUGUGUGUGUGUGUGUGUGUGUGUGUGUGUGUGUGUGUGUGUGUGUGUGUGUGUGUGUGUGUGUGUGUGUGUGUGUGUGUGUGUGUGUGUGCGUGCGUGCGUGCGUGUGUGUGUGUAUUAAACAGUUAGCACCUUUGUAAUGACUGGAUGUCAGAAAUGGUAACACUUUUCGUUGAGUGUUAAUGCUGUGGCACAGAAUCAGUUCAUCAGCUGCUUGUUACUCGUUUCAUUAAUAACGUCACAUUGACUGUGUUUACCUGACAAGCUUUGGUGUUGCAAUAUGAUAGUUUAGCACUGCUUUUAACAGUGGGUAUUUUAUAUUUUAUCACACCCUUUACUAUCUGUCUUCCUAUGAUGUGGAAAACACAUAUCUAUCCCGCAGUGUGAGCUAACUGCAACAUGUUUAGAAAGUACAGCAAUACACCAUAUUUAGCUGGUUUUGUUGGCUUGCUGAUAUUUUGAUAUUGAUGUGUCUUUUCAAAAAUGUAUGGCUUUUUUCACUCCCCUACUUUUAUUUGUUUGCUUUGAAAAUGCUUUUUACAUAUUAUGAAAUCUUAAAAAAAAAAAAAGGUUGAAAAAAUUUGUAGACCACAAAGAACAUUGUAGGCCUAUGUGUCGGCAUACACUGUUAUUUUAUUCAUUUUGAUGAUGCACAUAAAUUGAGCUUUUUCAGUACACAAUGACAAACACAUUGAGAGAGUCCUUUAUUAUUAUCUAUUCAAUAUGGGACAACAAGGCAUAUGUAUGUGUGUUUGUUUCUGUAUUUAGUGCACUUACUAUACCAUGAAAUAGGCUUGAAAUAGGAGUGUUGUUGGAGCUUUCUAGUUACCUGGACUGUGUGUGGUGUGACUUUUGUACCUGGGGAAACAGCAGGCUCAAGCGUCUUCCCUUUGUCAGAAAUGUUAUUUCCAAAACCAAGGUUAAUCCCUAGAAAUCCCCUUAGAGAGCCCUUUUAUUUGGACAACAGUGGUUCAUUUUGUAUGCUACCUACUUCAAAAGCAGGAAAUGGUUUCCACCUCUGUUGUCGAAGCCAUUGUGAUGAAACUGUUGAGAGUUUUAAGAGAUGAUGUUGUAGCGCAUAACUGGUUAUGAUAUAUGAGUAACAGGGGAAAUGAGACUAAAAAUGUAUUAAAGACUUCCAUAUCUGAAAUUAAGCUGUAUAGUACCUAAUGUAGGAGGCAUCAACACCUCCUUUGAGUCUGAACUGUUACAAUUUUUCUCCCAAACUUGUUGUAUUACCUGUGCAUUAGUAUCCCUCAACUAAU